UUUUUUUUAAGUGUAUUAUUUAUUUAAAUUUUUAGUGUCAAAAUGCUUCGAAAAAUUGGUACAUUUAUUGUUAUAUGUAGUACCAUAGCGGUAAUCAGUUGCAAACCAAUUGAUAAUGAAAAUUCAGCCGAAGGAUCAUACGAAUACGAAGCACCCACAAAAGUAGAUUUGUCACUUGAUGCUAAUGUAAACAUUAAACCAGCAACUAACUUUCUUGAACCAAAACUUGAUUUUAGUGCUGAAGUAGGUGGUGCAAGUGGUAUCGGCCAAAUUGUAUCUGUGUUUAAUGGGCCACCAACAAAAAUUGAAUAUGCUGCACAAGAAAACGAAUCAAUUUUCAGUAAAAAAGAUUCUUUUUAUACUGGGUUACACGAAGCUUUGGCUAACAUCUUUCAAUAUAAGCCAAUUGUAGACACAAUAAAAGAGGAAGAUAAAUAUGGUAAUGAUGGUGAAAAAUUCAGAAGUAUAGGAAAAUUUGUUGUUGGAAAAGCUGAAGGAUUAUCAAAUUUCUUAAAUAAAGCUGCUGAGGUUCCAGGACAAGUAUUUAAAGCGAUCGUACAAACUACAAACGAAAAAUUAAAUCAUCUGGGUGGAAAAAUUGUUGGUUUAGAAAAGUAA